AUGGCACAAGCUAUCGCGAUGAUCAAGGACAUAAAUCCUACUGCGAAAAAUUUGACACUACAAGUUAGAGUUGUUCGUUUAUGGACAAUGGCGUCAUUCAAAAAUCCGGAGGAUGUUUACUCUAUUGACAUGGGUGAUAAAAUACAAGCGACUAUCAAGAAAUCUUUGUUGAGAACAUUUCAGCCUGUACUCAAUGAGGGCGAAAUAUGUACUAUAUCAAACUAUCGUGUUGGAAAGAAUAGUGGGGAAUACAAGCCUACUGAUCACCCGUACAAAAUAAAUUUUGUGCUUUUGACCCGUGUUAACGUCUUACAUGCGGCAAAUAUUCCUACAUAUGGUUUUGAUUUGGUGCCUUUUGAUGCAAUCAUUUCAAAUGGCCUAGAUAGCACCUGUUUAGUGGAUGUGAUUGGAUAUCUUUCUGGAGUAACAAGUAGUGAUGAUUAUAUGAGGAAUGGAAUUUAUACAAAGCAACUCACUAUUCAGUUAGAGGAUCUACACUUUGGGAAAGGAGGAAAGACUUCAUCAGAAACGGUGACUCAACUAAGUAGUCAUACCUCUCAGAAAAAUGAAACAGAAUUCCUAAAAAAAUCCGAGAGAAAGCAUGUUGAUGAGAUACGUGAGACACAAGAGGUAUGUUAUUGUGUGACACUAGCUGUGAUCGACUCUAUAGAAACUGAAAAUGGGUGGUUCUACCUCGCAUGUAAGAAAGAUUAUAAAAAAGUUCAAGAGAUGAAUGAUGAUGUGGGGGUGACAAAGUUUUGGUGUGAUAAGUGCAAUACUAAUGUUGAGCUUGUUCCAAGAUUUAAAGUCCAAAUUCGGGUUGUUGAUGAUUCUGGAAGUGCUUCAUUUUUUUUAUUUGAUCGUGAAGUGGUGCAUAUCUUGGGUAAAUCUGCUUUAUCCAUAAGGGAAUAUCAGGCACAGGAAGGCAAUUCAGAUUCAUUUCCUAAAUAUUUAGAUGAACUUUUGGAAAGGACGUAUUUGUUUAAGAUUAGGAUUACAGAUUAUAAUCUUAAGCAAAAUUGUCCAAUAUUCACAGUCACGAAAAUCUCUGAUGAUGAAAACCUCAUAAAGUCCUUCCAAGAUGCUAAUACUCCUGAAAAGCAGCUUGAGCACGAGGAAAUUGAUGUUACUUCAAAGACUGUGAAUGCCAGAGAGUUGCUGUGGCUGCUAUUCUUCUUCGAUGUUGCUGCUGUGUUUGCCUGCUAUUUCUUGCGUGAUGUUGCUGCUGGUAUUUCUAAUCUGCUACAAGAUACUGCAAAUGAGCUAAGGGAUGUAGCUGCUACAAUGGUUGCUCUUGAUGCUGCUAUCAAGGCACUAGCAAGGGCUGUAGCUGCUACAAUGGUUGCUCUUGAUGCUUCUAUCAAGGCACUAGCAAGGUGA